AAGACGUGAAGUGGCAUUUGUGUAUUUCUAUUGACAAACGUGGUUUGAAUAGAUUUGUAGCAAUAAUAAUGGACGAUUCGCAGCGGUUAAGCGUCAGAGGAUUGAUAAGACUGGCAGACUCUCAGCUUUGGAGAAACUGAAGGAAAUUCGAAGCGGAGGAAAACGCAAGUAUGAAAUUGAAGAGUUAGAAAAUGUAUAUGACGAGGUGGAUGAAAAAGAAUACAGCAAUACUGUUUUGAAACGUCAACGAGACGAUUGGAUAGUUGAUGAUGGAGAAAGUGGCUACAUUGAAGAUGGAAGGGAGAUUUUUGACGAUGAUCUGGAUGAAGAAAGCAUUCAAGAAGCAAGAAAACAAAGACACAAUAUGGCUGGUCCUAGAAAGAAAAGAAAAGAAGAAAAUGGAAAAAGAGGAAAUAUUCAAAGUAUGAUUAGAAAUAUGCCUUCUAAGAAAAACACCAAUACAACAGUAAUUAAAGAUGAUGAUAUUUUGGGAGAGUUGCUUAGUGAAAUCUCUGUGUGUAAGAAAACAACAAAUAGUCCCAAACCAACACAAACAAAUAACAAUAAAAAUAAAUUUUGUCAUACAGUUCACUCAGAUAUUACACAAAAUUAUCAACUUUUAUCCACAAACCAAGAAAUUAGUGAUAAAGAAGUAUCUGAAAAGUCAGAACAGCAAAAUGUGAUGAAACCAAUGGAAUCUAAUGAUAUUGCACAAAGUGCAAGUCAAAUAAUUGAAGAUAUAGAUGACACUGUGAUAUUUGAUGCACCAAAAAAGAAGAGUGUGAAUAAAUCAGCAGAGAUAAAUAAUUGUUUGAAAUUAGAAGAGAAUUUAAAAUUAAAAGAACAAGAUGUAAGAAAAUUAACAGAGUCUAAUAAUAUUACACAAAGUGCAAGUCAGAUAAUUGAAGAUGAGGAUACUGCUAUAAUGGAUCCUAAUGAGUGUAUCAGAGAUCUGUCUACUAUAGAUUUUGAUGAUGGAAGCAUGGAUGUUGAUUUUUCCUUGCCAGUGAAUAAAAAUGUUAUACCACAAAAGAAUGGAACAGACAUACAAACUACUUCAUAUAAAACUUCCAUCAAAAGUAUGAAAAUCGGUAAUGCCGUUGAUUUGACGGAAAUAGCGCCACAGUUGGUUAAGACAAAAGAUAAAGAAGAAGUAUUUAGGUUUUAUUAUUUGGAUGCAUAUGAAAAUCCAUACAAAAAUCCUGGAACUGUAUAUCUCUUUGGCAAGACUUAUGUAUCAAAACACGAUGUAUAUUGUUCAUGUUGUGUCAUGGUGCAUUGUAUACCGAGAAGAAUAUAUCUCUUACCUAGAAAAUAUAUAAAGACAUCAAAAAACAACGAACCGCAAUUAACUACUAUUGAAGACGUAUAUAAAGAAUUUGAUGAAUAUGCGAAUAAAAUGCGUAUAAUGGAGUUUAACUGUAAAGAGACAAAGAAGCAUUAUUCUUUCGAGAAGGAAGGUACACCGAGAACUUCCGAUUAUUUGGAAAUCAGAUAUAAUGCGCGCUAUCCAGCGAUUGAUGCCGAUUACUCGGGUCCAGCAAUAGAACGCGUCUUUGGCACAACAGUAAAUGCAUUAGAGCUGUUACUUAUAGAACGAAAGAUUAAAGGACCCUGUUGGUUAGAUAUUAAGAAUAUAUCGCCGACCGCGGGACGAUUCGCCUGGUGUUCGCAAAUAGUGGUUACUUCAGACAUGGACAAUAUAUCGCUAUGUUCCCAAGAAAAAUCCAAGCCACCAAUGGUAAUAGCGACCCUAAAUGUGAGGAUGUCCUUGAAUGCAAAGUUGCAGAACGAAGUAGUGAUGGUUGUUGUAUUGAUUCAUCACAAGUAUAAUGUCGACAAAGAACCACCAAAACCACCUUAUGAUCGCCAAUUUUGCUUUGUCACACAUCCUCGAGAAACUCCAUGGCCGCGACAAAUCCGGGACGCCUUCUUAAAGAUCGCGAAUACCGAAGUAAUAAAAUGCGAAACCGAAAGUGAAUUACUCGAGGAACUAUUAACUUUAAUGCAGAAAGCAGACCCGGAUUUAAUAAUAGGCUACGACUGCGCAUUUCAAUUUGACGUCUUGAUGCAAAGAAUGUUUUCAUUAAAAGUGUCAAAUUGGAACAGAAUGGGAAGAUUAAAAUCUACAACUCCUCCUUUACUCAGGGGAAAGAUAAUCCUCAAUCAAGCAUUUGUCGGUCGUCCAAUUUGUGAUAUACAAAUCUCGGCAAAGGAAUUAAAUUUGAAAGUCAGAAGUUAUGAUCUGCAAUCGCUUUGCAGUGCAGUGUUAAAAACGAAGGAACAUGAAUGUAAAGAGAUUACGCCGGCGGAGACUCUAUUGUUCUACAAUACAGCGGACAAAAUUCUGAAUCUAAUACACAUGACGUUAAAAGAAGCAAAAUUCAUUAUAACCAUAGUAAUAGAUCUCAACAUUAUACCGCUCGCACUUCAAAUCACCUCUCUAGCUGGAAAUAUCUUAUCGAGAACACUGUUAGGCGGAAGAGCAGAAAGAAAUGAGUAUUUGUUGUUGCAUGCUUUCCAUUUGAAGGAUUACAUAACUCCGGACAAGAAAAUUGAGAAGAAAGCACGAGAUGACGAUGGUCCGCGUAGAAAGGCUGCGGCAUAUAUCGGAGGCCUGGUGCUCGAUCCGAAGAAAGGUUUCUAUGACAAGCUGGUGCUAUUGAUGGACUUCAAUUCCCUGUAUCCGAGUAUCAUACAAGAAUAUAAUUUGUGCUUCACCACUGUACCUGGUGCGGCGUAUGCCGAUGUCGAGCAAUUGAGUAUUCCCGAAUCGAAUUUGGAGGCCGGUGUGAUUCCAACCGAAAUUCACAAAUUGGUCAAGAGUAGACAGCAAAUAAAACAAUUAAUGAAAACGCCGAAUCUUACACCUGAACAAAAAAUGGAUUAUCAUAUCAGGCAGAUGGCAUUGAAACUUACAGCCAAUUCAAUGUAUGGAUGUCUGGGAGCGACACAUUGUCGAUUCUAUGCCAAAGGUCUUGCCGCUCUGAUAACUACUAAGGGUCGACAGAUUCUGGAGGAUACAAAACAUUUGGUUGAGAAAUUGCAGUAUGAGGUGAUUUAUGGUGAUACCGAUUCCUUGAUGAUAAACACCAAUAUUUUAGAAUACGACGAUGUUUUCUCGAUUGGUAGAAAAAUUAUGCGAGAAGUCAAUAACCGAUAUAAAAAAGUCGAAUUAGACAUAGACGGAGUAUUCCGAUACCUAUUGCUUUUGCAAAAGAAGAAAUACGCUGCUGUUGCAAUGACAAAAUUGCCAAAUGGUCAGAUGCAAUUAAUACAGGAACACAAGGGCCUGGAUAUUGUGAGAAGAGAUUGGUGUCCAUUGGCUUGCGAUACUGGAAAAAAAGUUUUAGAUAUACUUCUCUGUGAUCAAGCAAGCGAAACACGUCUGGAGCAGGUUGUUCAGAUUCUGCAGAAUGUUGCGAAAGGCGUGAGAGAGGGGACGACUCCGCUAUCGGCAUUUGUCAUCACUAAACAAUUAUCCAAAAAUCCAGACGCGUAUCCGGAUAAGAAGCAAUUGUCUCACGUGAUGGUAGCGCUGAGAUUAAAUAAAGCGGGCGGUCGGAUGUGGAAAGCUGGCGAUACAUUACCAUAUGUUAUAUGCGAGGAUGGAACUGAUGCGAGCGCGACGGAACGAGCGUAUCACAUCGAUGAAGUAAAGAAUAACGAGAAAUUAAAGGUGGAUGUCAAUUAUUACUUGUUGAGUCAAAUAUUUCCCGUGAUAUUACGAAUCUGUGAACCUAUCGAGGGCAUCGACGAUGUUUUCUUGGCCAAUAAUUUAGGUUUACAAUUCGUUUACAAGCCGAAAACAUUAGCUUGCGAGGCAACUCUGAACCUACCAUUGGCUAUCAAUGACGAUAGAUUCAACAAUUGUCUUCCAUUGACAUUUAAAUGUAAAAAUGAGCGAUGCAAUACGGACAUAGUGAUUACAGAUACCAUAACAGAGUUUCAUUCCGGUCGACAAUUAUCACUCAGUAUGUGUCCCAAUCAAGAUUGUAAAUUACCACCCUGGAAAUACGCAAACAUAAUACAGAAUGUGGUUCAGCUUGCUAUGAGAAAAGCAAUCGGCAGGUAUUAUAAUGGUUGGUUGGAGUGCGAAAAUCCACUUUGUUCUAACCGAACAAGAAGAUUGCCAUUAGAUUUCGCGAGAAAGUUCCCGGAUUGUCCAGCGUGCAAAGAUGUUACUAUGAGCAGAGUCUAUUCCGGAACAGAUCUCUAUAAUCAGUUGUACUAUUACCACAAGAUGUUUGACAUUAGUCAACCGGCUUACAAACAUUUAUUGUCCCAGUGUUCGCGAGAUAUGAUCGCCGCGUAUAAUACGCUGAGAGAAGCGAUCGACAGACAAUUGAAGCGCAACAAGUUCUCGUGCGUAAAUAUCACAGGCAUAUUUAGCGGUAGUUCCAAUGUAGCGAUGUUCGGCAGUGCCGGAUCGCGAGAGGAUUUCGAUGAAUUAGGUGAUCUGUCUGAUGACACGGAUAAGGAGAUUUAA